AUGUAUAAAAAUGGUUAUGCCAUAGAAAGAGUAUUAAGGCAGAAAUUAUAUCAAAAUGAUUUUGAUCAUUUAUUAUUUUGGUCUGAUUCUAUUUGUUAUUUAGAUAAUUAUAAUAAACCAGAAUAUAAAUAUUUGAUUAUUGGUCAUCAAUGGUUAUAUACAAUGAAUUAUGCAAAAAGACAAUUAGAUAAUCAAAUACAUUUUAAUUCUAUAUUAGAUAUUCAAUGUAUUGGUGAUUUAGCCAUGUUUCUUACAUGUCAAAUUACACGAAAUUAUAAUCAUAUUUGUGUAACAUUUAACCAUAAACACAAUCAACAACAACAACGACAACAACAACAACAACGACAACGACAACAACGAAAACCAAUUCAAUCUAGAAAGAAUAUGAAACAAAAACAUAAGUUUACAGAUAAGUUAGAAACAGUUGAAAACGAAUGGCCUGUCAUAGAUGAUAUGAAUAUCGAUCAACAACCUGGGAUAUUAUCCUCUAAAGAUACAGAAGAACAUUUUAAUCAAGAAGGAAUCAAUGUAAUUCGUAAAUUACAUAUUUAUUUAACAGAUAAAAAUUUUAUUGGAUUUGAUAUUUUACAAAAAUCAAUAAAUGAUUGGUAUUCUACAAAUAAACAAUUUAAAUCUAUGAUUACAAAUUUAAUUGAUUUAACAAAUAAUCAAUUAUUAGAAAAAUCAAUAAAACAAUCCAUCACCAGUUCAUCAGUAGAUGAUAUUGAAACAUUAAUUACUAAAGCAACUAGAAAAAAUACAAUGAUCUAUUCCAUAACAGCUGAAAAUGAUGAUAUACAACAAUUAAUGAAUAUGUUUAAACCAUAUUGUAAAAAUGUUACCAUGGCAACAAAUGAUACUCCAUUCAAUAAUACUAUUCAUAAUAUAUUAACUCUAUAUAUAAAUAAAUUAAAUAAUUGGAUUAAUAAAACUAAAUUAAUUAAUGAAUUUCUAUAUAAAAAACCGAUUAAAUUUAAUGUAUAUAAUUUAAUAGAUAAACAAUUAAAACAAUUAGAUAAUGAUUAUUUCAUCAUUGUAUUUAAUCAAAAUUCAUUGAAUGUUUCUAUAGAAUAUUCUGAACAAUUCAUUACAAUUAUAGAAUUGCUUGUUACUCAGAUCAUAUUUACAUUAACACCGCAAUCUAUUUCUUUUGGAACCAAUGUAACAUCAAUAUGCGUUGAUUUAGAUGAUCAUCAGAAAUAUAUUAGAGGAAAUCAAUCAUUAAAUCAAAUAAUAAAUUCACGUAUGAAAUUAAUUAUUGAUUUAAUGAAACGAAUCAAUUUAUUAUUAUCAUGUAUUUUACCAAUAUUUACACAAUUCAAUAAACAAUUAAAUUUAUGGAAUAAAGAAACAAUGAUAAUUACUGUAAAUGAGAAAGUAAUGCGAAACAAACUAAAAACAAUUCUAUCACAUCUUAUUGAACAUUUAAUACAAUUACCAUGUAUUAUUGAUAAUUUCACUUUAGAUCUAUUCAAUAAAAACGGUACUAAACAAUCGAAUUGUUUUCAAAUUGAAUUAGAAACAUGGAUUCAAAGAUAUGAAAUGGAAAGAUUAGAUAUAAUGAGUAAAGAAUAUAUUCAUGUGGAUCAAUGGUUACAAGAUUCCUAUACAACUACAUCAUCAACUAUUAGAAGUAUACUUAAUCAACAUUAUGAAAUUGGUAUAUUCAUUCAUCAAUUCAAUAAUCAAUUGAAUUGUUUCUUUACUGAACUUCUAUUAAAUACAUCCUAUUUAUCAACAAUAUCGACUAGACUAAAUAAUCUAAAUGAAAAUGUUGAUCAAGAGGAUUGGAUUAAACAAAUUAUUCAUAAUAUUAUUAUACAAUCAAAUCAAUCAAUUAGUUAUGUAUUAAAUUGUCUAUUAGCUCAUGCUACUACAACAUUUAAUAUAAUUCAUUCAAAAAAAGUAAUUCAUACUACUACUACUACUACUACUCAUACUACUCAUACGACUACUCAUACUACUCAUACUACUGAUACUACUGAUACUACUGAUACUACUAAUGCUACACAUACUAUUCAUGCUAACACUAGUACUCAUACUACUAAUGCUACUGAUACUACUCAUGCUAACACUAAUACUUAUACUACUGCUAAUAUUACUACUAAUAGUAAUAGUAGUAGUAGUAGUAAUAUGGAACACAAAGAAGAAUCUAUUUGUACAAUUAUUCGAUCAUUAUUUAUUAUAGAUUGGUUUAUUGAACACUAUCCAUAUUUAAUGAAUACCUUAAUGAAUAUAGAAUGUAAAGAUUUACUUUACAUUUUCAAUAUCAAUAGUAUUAUAUUAUUAACAAAUAAAUUAAAUGAUCAAUCUACAAUGAAUUUAAUACAAAUUAAAUUGAUAAAAUGUAUUCUCAUUGCAUUAAUAAGUCGAUUAUAUAAGAAAUUUAAUAUAACUAGUGAUAUAUCAUAAACGAUAAUACAAAUAACAAGUCAUGAUAAUAACAAUAAUGGAUAUCAUCAUAACUUGUAGAGUAAUUGAAUUGAUUAGGUAUAUCUAUCAGUGAUACAUACUGUAUUGUAUUGUAAUUGUAUUCAUAUAUAGCAAAAAUAUAUAUUGAUUUAUCAUUGAUA